AUGGCGGGGCCAGCCUGGGAAGCUUCCACUGAGUUCCUUCACAACUGCCAUGUAUUUUCUCUGCAGAUCAAGGACGUAGAAGUCCUCAACUGCGAGUAUGGCAAGAACACAAUUAAGUUCCUUCGCCUGCAUAAAGACGGGAAGAAGCACUCUGUUAAAGAAGUGGAAGUGUGCACACAUCUCCGGCUGACUUCUGCUCACGAGUACCUGGAAGGAAACAACUCUUCUGUGAUACCUACAGACACCAUAAAGAAUAUUGUCCUUGUGCUGGCCAAAAAAAAUGGGAUCCGAACUUUAGAACAAUUUGCCAUAGACAUCUGCAAACACUUUAUGACGACGUUUUGUCAAGUGGCGUACGUCAAAUCCUACGUUCAAGAAGUACCAUGGCAACGUCUACAUGAGAACGGCAUUCCCCACAUCCACGCGUUCAUGUGCGUUCCUGACGGGAUCCGCUUUUGUGAAGCUGAGCAGUGCCGAAAUGGUCCUCUGGUUCUUUCUGCUGGAAUUAAAGACCUGAAACUUAUGAAAACAACACAGUCUGGAUUUGAAGGCUUCUAUAAGAAUGAACACACCACACUUCCUGACAGGAAUGACAGGAUUUUAUGUGGAGAGUUCCUCUGCAAAUGGUCCUAUGGCGAAUGCAAGGAUUUUGACUUUGACUGCGUAUGGAACAGAGUGCGUGGAUGUAUCAUUGAAGCCUUUUCUGGGCCACCCGACUGUGGGGAAUAUUCACCCUCUUACCAGAAAACUGUCAACUCCAUCCAGAUGCUCGUCCUCUCCAAAGUCCCACAGGUACAGGUCAUAGAAACCGUCUUGAACAACAUCUUUUAUAAUGUUUUAGACAUGAAGAAUCUAGGCUUGACCAAUGACAAAGAAGUUCUGAUUCCAGUGGAAACUCCCUAUGGCUUCUGUGCUUGCACACUUGGCAGGAAGAAGUUCUUAGAAGCACAAGGCCAAGUGCUAAGGGAUGAGAGGCGAAGUCAGUGUGGACUGGCAGCUGCCCAGGGAAACUAA